AUUUAAAAAUAUGACACGAUAUAGUGCAGAAGAAUUAGAAAGAAUUUUUAGAGAUGCCGGCAGAAUUCGCAAAGGCAAGGAAGAAUUUAAAGAUGAUGCUGAAGAUUGUCAGACAUUAGCAACUUCUUUUAAUAAAAUGGAAAGUCUAAGAGAAAUUAAAGAACAAUUAAAAGCAUGCACAAGUAAUCAAGAAUACGAAGCCAAAAAGUCUAAUUAUAUUAGAAAAUGUGAAGAAGUUUUGCAAGGUCUACAAGUUCAAACUAGUUCUUCUAGUUCUAUGUUUGGGAUUUGUAUCAUUUGGGCUGACCAAGCAACAAAUAAAGUUCAAGAAUUAAAUCAACUAAAGUUUGAAGAAAGGCAAAUUACUCAAAGAAUGGAAUCAAAUAAACGCAAGGCAAUGAGCAAAGAUAUUAGUCCUAGUGAAAAAGUAGCCAUUCUCCAAAUAAUAGAAGAAGAUGGACAAAUAUUGAAGAAGAAUUACGAAAAGCAAAAAGAAAUUUCUAAUAAAUUCAACUUUGAUCCAAGCAAAAAAGCUAACGACUUAAUAGAAAAGAUGAAAAGAGCUAUCGAAAAAAGAAACAGAGGUAAUAGUAGUUCAGGAGGCAAUAAAGGUAAUCAAACUGACUCUGAUGAUUCUGAUUCUGACGAUGAAAUCACUGAAAACAGAGGUGAGAAUCCUAGAACUACACCACUUAAUCAAGAACAGAAUAGACAAUUACUAACUAUUGCACUAUUAGCCGGAGCAAGUUAUUAUUUUUUCCUUUAUUUACCAAAAAAGAGAAGUAAAGCAAUCCAAGAAAUAAAAACUAUGUUGCAAAAUUCUAAUGUUAAUCUUAAUGAUUUAAAUAAAUGUUAUUCUUCUUCUCAAAUCAAUCUAUUUGCUAAGGAAAUGAAAAGAGAAAUUCAGCAAAAAGCCACUGUGAGCCAAGGAAAGUCCAUUGAAGAACUAAGAAAAGAAGCCAUUACCAAUAUAGAAAACUUUGCUGAAAAAGAACUAAGGUUAGCACCAUCUCUCGAAAAAGAUCUCAAAAAGUUUUACAAAAGGAUUAAACAAGCCACUAAUAAUGAUAUUUCUAUUAUCGAGCAAGAAUCAGUGGAUUUUAUUAUUCAGGAAAAAAUUAAAAUACAAGAAAUGACUAGAAUUAUGGAAAAGCAAAAACAACUAGCUAAAAGUAAAGUGUUAUCAGAUCCAGUAAGAGGUGAACAAGAUCCAAAUAAUCCGGCUGAAUUAGACAAUAACGCUCUUUUUUAUGGAGCACCACGAACUGGUAAAUCAAUUAAAGUUGAACAAUUAGCUUAUGAAGCUGAUAAAUAUCCGUUAGUAGUUAUUCAGGGUUCAACUUUAACUCCAAAGUCAAGAGAUCAAAAAGUUAAUGUUGAUCUUUUGUUGAAAUUUACUUAUACUAUUAGCACUAUCAAUAAUGAUUUGGUUGAUAAUUUUGGUUAUGAAAGAGCAGAGAGUGGCGAACCGCAAUAUAUUCUCUUUAUUGAUGAAGGCGAUCAAGUUUGCACUACUAAUCUUUUACCACCUAAAGAUGCUUCUUCGCAAUUAACUUUUCUUAAAGAAUGUAUGGGGAGCGAUGAUAAAGUAGAAGAAAAAAAUAAAAAAAUUCUUGAAGAAAUCAAAGAAGAAGAAACUGAUAAAGAUGGCAAAGUGAUUAAUGAUGAAAAAACUGAAAUAGAAGAAUUUGAUGGAAAAUUUACUAAACCAAAGAAAUUAAAUAUGGAAGAAGCAAUAAUGGAAGCCAGUAAUCAUAUUAGCAAUACCCUAGAUAUUCGUUUAAAAGAAAUGGAGAAAACUAGUAGUGCAAUAUUAAAUGAAAUGAAAUCAGCUAAUGAUGCUUUUAACACAAAUUUCAUCAAAGCUAAUGAAGACAUAAGGCAUAUGCUUUCUGAAAUAGGAAGCAAAAUAAACACGACUAGUUAUUGUAUAAAAAAAGCUCAUGAUGCUUAUGAAAAUAGUCAAAAAACUAAAAGAAAUAAAUAUGACUUAAAGUCUAAAUCAAUCGAUGCUGCUCGAGAAGACAAUAAAAAAGCUCAAGAGGAAAAGGACACACUACAAAAAAAUUAUGAUGAAUUAGACGAAAAAACUAAGAAAUUAUCAAAAGACCUAGAAGAAACUAAAGGUAAACUAAAUAGACCUGACUUGUCUGAAGAAGAAAGAAGUUCUUUAAAAAGGUCAAUCGUUUCUUUGCAACAAGAAUUAGAUCAGACCAACACUAAUAAGAAAAGCAUCCUCGAUCAAUUAAAAAAAUUAGGAGAAAGAAUAGCAAAGAAUAAUGAAACUAUUAAUAAUGCCGGUGGAUGUUAUGUGAUGUAUAAGUUGAUAAGAGAUGACAAGAAGAAAAUAAAGAGAUUAGAACGAAAACCUAAUCGCACUCCGGAAGAAGAAGCAGAAUUAGCGGAUUUAAGAACUAGAUUAAGAGAAUUAGAAAGAAAAACUAACUCUGAACCUUUUAACUAUACUCCUUGGAUAAUUGGAGGGAGUGUUUUAGUUUUGGGAAUAAUUAUUAUUUGGUUAGUAAUUAAUAAAAGUAUUACAAAAUUAGACAUUAGCGGAAAACAAUUGGCAGGAGAACUUGACCUUAAUCAAUAUACUGAACUAGAAGAAUUAAAUUGUAUGUCCAACAAUUUAAAUAAAUUAAGUCUUAGUGGUUGUUUAAAUUUAAGAAAAUUACUUUGCUCCUAUAACAAUUUAAACGACUUAGAUUUAAGUAAUAAUUCUAAUCUAGCAGAAAUUGAUUGCUGGUUUAGUGGUUUUUUAAUUAAGAAUUUCUUAACAACUUUAAGUAAUCCUGAAAAAAUAGUUCGUGUAAGUCUAAGAGAAAAUAGGCUUUUAAGCAUUUCUCUCGAUGAGUUUACUCAGUUAGUUAAUUUAAAUACUUUAGAUUUAUAUCGCACUAAUUCUCAUGGCUCUUUAUCUUCUUUAAGACAUUUAGAACAUUUAGAACACAUCAAUGUUAGCCACACUAAAAUUAACAGUGAUAUUGAACACUUGCCAACUAAUUUAAAAACUAUUGUUGCUGAGAACAUGCCUGAAUUUGAAGAAAAAAUGGGAGACUAUGGCGAUGAAAACUGA